AUGCACAUCUGGUAUGUGUUACGGAGCUCCCUAAAAUCUAAAGUGGACUUGCAAAAAACACUUCUUGGUGGGCAAUGCUUUCGUUGGUUCCCAACUGCGUGGAAUAGCUAUGUGGGCACCGUGCAUCACCGUGUGUAUGAGCUGCGUUAUGUAAUGGGCACAACAACGAUCGAAGUGGAUUUUAGCAACAGCAAUCACCAUUUCAAUGCGUUGACAAAAGGCGCAUGCAAGAUUGGAAAUGAAGGAGGUUGGAUUGAGUAUCGAAGGCUCUACCCGUUAACCGCUCAGUCAAAAUCCGAUGGUAGGAAAGUGAAGAGAAGUACUCGAUCAAGCCUGAAAAAGGAACCCUCAAGUACUCCAAACGGAAAGGAAAUGAUGUUUAACGACGAGGAUGAAGAGUUUCUGUUAUACUAUUUGUCUCUCGACGUGGAUAUGCCUGCUCUUUGGAGCAGGUGGACGAGCAGGAAUCCCAUGAAGGAUCAUCCCCUUGUUUCUUACCUCAUUUCAUCUACCGUUGGGGCGUUGAAUUCUUCAGAGCCGGGCAACAGUAGCCGUGACAUUGAAAAGAUAAAGAAGAAGAGGGCGAAGCUAUCGCCAAGCGCCGAUCUGAUGCCCGCUAGCCUUGACCUCCCCGUGCGAGUCUUACGCCAGGAUCUUCACGAGACGCUCUUUUCUUUCCUAUGCUCACAAAACAACCAUAUCAAACGCAUCACGGCGAUGGUUGACGCGCUCUGCACUAACUACGGUGCAUAUUUGUGUAGUUUUAAUACCGUUACAGGGGAGGUGUGCGGUGGGAAGCAGCGACCUCGCGAUGCAUCUCAGAGCUCUGAUAAGGAUAAGAACAGAGGAUGUUGGCUGCAUUUGUACAGCUUUCCAACAAUUGAGCAACUCCAUCGGGCGAGUGAGGAACAGCUCCGCGAGUUGGGGUUGGGUUACCGCAGUAAGUACAUUAUCGAGGCCUCGCGACAGAUUCGAUCGGCGGCCCACACCCCCACCCCACCGCCUUCCUCAACGAAAUCCGCCACAUUGUGUGCUGUGAAAAGGGAAUCCACUUCCAAAGUCGGCGUAUUUGCUUCUCAUUUGCAAACUACACUGGAUGAGCCCUUUUAUCAGCGUUUGCUUUCUCUUCCGGAGUGCGCGGCGCAACGGGUGGAAUUGAUGACGCUCAGAGGCGUCGGACGAAAGGUCGCCGACUGCACUCUUCUCUUUGGAGUGGGGCAUAUGGGGCUCGUUCCGGUGGAUACCCAUAUGAUGCAGAUCGCCGCGGAAUACCUGGCGCCGUCGGAGCCAACUUUGGGAGAUGAAACACCAAGCUGGAUGCGGGUGCUUUCAGAAUGGCGUCUGCAGAUCAAUCAAAGCGCGAAGCCCACUGGACGAAAAAGAUCCAGGGAGGAGGAAAAACAAGUGAAAAAUAUAAAGACGGUCGCGCUGCUUCCGAAGCAUCACGACGCUAUUCAGGAGGGCUUUCAGGCACUUUUCGGGCCCUACAGCGGAUGGGCUCAUAGCGCCUUAUUCUAUGUGCGUAUCCAAUGA